AUGGAAAGUGCCAGCCCAAACACUGUCGCAGGCUCUUCAACUCCACGCAGUUCCCCAUCUCACCCUACAUCUUCCGCUAACCCUUCUAACACACCACGCACUCAUGCCGACCAACCUUCACAACUGUUUUUCCCAACACCAGGUCUCCAGCAAUUACCGGCAUAUAUUCAAAGCACGCAGGAUUUACUGCGCAAGUUGCAUCUUCACGACGCUUACGACAAAUACGUGCGACUUUUCAACGCAUCGUCUGAUGAUGCCCCAAUACCAAAUGAUAGAAAUGAAGCAGUAUCGACCUCUCCACCGACCACAGGACAAAAUGGGCUGAUGGGAGCAUCAGACAAAGGGAAAGGGAAAGAGGUAGCGCCUGCGCCAAUGGCCCAAACUCCAGCUGCAGAUGGUCAGGAUGGUGAUGAUGACAAUGGACCAGGCGGUAAGGGGGAAAAGAAGAAAAAGAAUAGCUACAAGCAUCUGAUCAAGGGUGUUCCUGGGAAACAUUCAUUGAAGAAAGACGACAACUUGACGAAGCUUAUGCUAGCUCCUCUAAAACAGCGCGUAUGA